AUGGCGACCAAACGAACGAUCCUUCCCCGUGAAGGCCUUUAUAUUGACCCAAUUUUCAAAGGGCUACGGCAAACACUGCUUCAUCCGUUAUUCACUUUGGCAUGUCUGUACUUGGUGCACGGGGCCAAGUUAAGCGCUGCUGCGCCGUAUGAAAAGCCCGUGCAACUGAUCGCAGGGACCAGUAUCUUCCUGUGGCUUAACGAUUGGCUGAGCACCAAAAGUCAAAACAACUGGGUUAUAGAUGAUAACUGGGAUUGGAAGAAGGAGCUGGUGGUGGUCACUGGUGGGAGUGGUGGGAUCGGCGGUGGUGUAUCACAACGUCUCGCAGCUAUGGGGGCUCGGGUGAUUGUACUAGACAUCAUCCCUUUGACAUAUGAACCUGGUAUCUCGAGUCCACUUUUUGACAAAAGGCGCCAAAUAGCCCAGUCUUUGCUGAUUAAAUCUCAAGGAACCAAACGCAUCGUAUACUAUAGGUGUGACCUCAGCGACGAGAAGGCAAUCUCAUCUGUCUGCGAAAAGAUAAAACUCGAAAUUGGUCAUCCAACAGUUCUUGUCAACAAUGCUGGUUUAUCUCGAGGUCGGACUAUUGUCGAAGGUUCAUACAGCGACAAUAUCAUUACCUUGAAGACUAAUUUACUAGCACCUUUCCUACUCUCCAAAGAGUUUCUUCCAACUAUGAUCCAGCACAACCAUGGCCACAUUUUCAACGUUGCGUCGAUGAGUGCUUAUAUCCCUCCGCCAGGGAUUGCAGAUUACGCAGCUUCGAAGGCAGGGUUGAUUGCGUUCCAUGAGUGUCUUACCGAAGAGCUUCGACGCCAGAAUGUGCUCAAAGUUCGCACAUCGCUUGCGGUUUUGAGUUUCACAAAGACGCCUCUUUUUAAGGGAGAGACAAAUCAAUCCCAGUUCUUCAUGCCUCUGUUGCAUAUAGACACCGUCGUGGAUAGCAUCGUGGAUACACUUGAUAGUGGACUUAGUCAGACUAUCUUUCUCCCUGGUAUAUUUAGGUUGUUCGCAGGCUUACGAGGAGCCCCUAUUUGGUUACAAGAUUUAGUUCGAGGUGGUAGCAAGUCUCUUAGAGUGGAUUUCAAAGGUCGUCAGGAGAUUGAUCCGAAGACAGGAAGACUUAGGGCUUAG